GGCCAGAUUAGCAGGUGCAAGUGGGCUGACCAAACAUAACUUGCCAUCGCCGUCAUUUACCCAGGGUCUGUACAUGUUAAACCUCCAUCUUACCUUCAAUCUUCAAUCUUCACCCACCCAACAGCAUUUGAACCUGAAAAACCUUGAGCUUCCUUCUUCUCCUGAAAUCCUAAGUAACCUAGCUGUACCUCUUGUUGAUGCGCGCUGUCCUAAACGUACCUUUUUUCGGAAAUAUAAUCUCAACCGUAUACAUCUUCACAAUACUUACGUAGCUUUCUAUCCCCCGCAAACGAGCCGGCCAGGAUGGAUCAAAUGGUGAUGGGCGAUGGCGGUCGAAACCCGUUAGAAGCCUGGUUUUGGGAGAUGCCCAUAUGCACUCGAUGGUGGACAACAGCGACGGUUCUUACUAGUGCUCUGGUCCAGUGCCAGAUGGUCACGCCGUUUCAACUGUUUUAUAGUGUCCGAACAGUAUUCCAGAAGGGAGAGUAUUGGCGAUUAUUGACCACGUUUUUAUACUUCGGCCCGUUCUCUCUCGAUCUCCUUUUCCACGUCUACUUCCUUCAACGCUACGCUCGCCUCCUUGAGGAGUCGUCGGGCCGAUCACCGGCCUACUUUUCUUGGCUCCUCAUGUAUUCGAUGGCGUUCUUGAUUGUACUCUCGCCGUUGGUGUCUAUGCCAUUCCUCGGCCACCCACUGUCAUCGACGCUUGUCUACAUCUGGUCGCGACGCAACCCAGACACUCGCCUGAGCUUUUUGGGUCUAUUAGUCUUCACAGCGCCGUACCUACCCUGGGUUCUGAUGGGCUUUAGCCUUGUGAUGCAUAGUACGAUUCCCAAGGAUGAGAUUAUGGGUGUUGUCGUCGGGCACAUCUGGUAUUUCUUCACUGAUGUGUAUCCUCCGAUGCAUAAUGGCUCCCGGCCACUUGACCCACCCAGGUGGUGGCGUCGUCUGUUCGAAGGUCGACAACAAAGAGAGGAUACGGCCAAUGCGAUUAAUAAUGAGUUCGCAGUGGCAGGGGGCCCCGAGCUAGCCGCAGCCGACAUGCGGUAAGCUAUUGCAUCGGAUAAACUUGACGAUGGUGUCUGUUUCCUUUAUGGGUUAUCAUAUCAAUAUCAUUUUAAGGGCGUUAUGGGACGGUGUCAGAUUGUGCGACGACUCCGGUUAUGAUAGGCGUUGCAAAGGACACGAACAAGACGGGUAGCGUUUCAUACUCUCGAUCCAAGAAAAGUGUGGUAGGAAACACCGAUGAGCACUUGUACAUACGAUUCUAAAAAAAUGAUGAGCUUAUCAAUAUGCGUUUGAUCGCGACCUAGAGCAAUGCUAUUGCUUCAUAUAGGUAAUCACUUAGAUACCUUACUUGGCAAGCAAGUACUGAGUAGCUAUGAGUGUGUAGACAUACAUGUUCAUAGGAAUGGAAGCAAUGCUAGUCCAUCUUGUAUUCCACUGCUUACGCCAUCCCAUGUUGUAUUUACCGCAAACUUCGUAUUCAUAUCAUAUGUUUACAUGGAUACCUAGUAGUUACUGUAGACCAAACUAUGAGCUUAGGUAUUUAUCUACGAAGUAGUCUACUAUUCAAGGGGCAAAUCUCAACUUUAACUACAUAUACUACAUCGCUUCUAUACCUCGUACAUACUACACGCCCAUGUUAACUAUAUCUACCUAAUGCAGGGCACUUACGCACCAAGCUGACUAAGUCCAGACUGUCCAGUCCAUCCCGCCUUUAAGUUAUGUCACUAGCCCCACCAAAGAGAAAAAAAAGCCAAAUGCUGAUUGCC